AUGCUGCCGCGCCGUGGCUUGCGAGCGCACCAGCGCUUGCUGCGCCUGCAGAGCCAGCUUCGCCCGCUUGCAGCCUCUGCUCCUGACGCGCGGGAGACUUUCAAGGCGCUUGUGGUGGACGCUGGGAAGCAAGGCUUGAUUUCCUGCGACGUGAAGCAGGUGAAUGCCGUCGGCCAGCUGCCUAGGCAGGACAAGGAGGCGACGGCCACCAUCCGAGUGCGCUUCUCUUCGCUCAACUACAAGGACGGGAUGACCGUGCAGGGCAGGCCAGGAGUGGUCACGCCGCCGGGGAAGUUCCCCAUUGUGCCUGGGAUCGACGCUGCCGGUGAAGUGGUCGAAUGUUCUUCGGGCGCCUUCUCCCCGGGCGACAGUGUGGUCGUGACGGGCAACAAAAUCGGCCAGCACUUCGACGGGGGCUACGCCCAGCGCCUGCGCGUCAAGAGCGAGUGGCUGACCCUGUUGCCGAGCACCUUCACCGCCGAGGAGAGCAUGGUGAUCGGCACCGCAGGGGUCACGGCCAUGCAGUGCGUGAUGCACCUCGAGGAGGCUGGAGGCCUGCGCCCGGACAAGGGCGAGGUCCUGGUCACCGGCGCCGCCGGGGGGGUGGGCAGCUUCGCGGUCGCCAUCUUGGCGGAGCUCGGCUACGAGGUCGUCGCGUCGUCCGGCCGCGCCGAGCCCCUGCGCGGGUACUUCGAGUCGCUGGGCGCCCGCCGCGUGAUCGGGCGGCUCGAGCCCGAGAGGCGACCACUCGGGCAGCAGCUGUGGGCCGGCGUCGUGGACACGGUCGGCGGCGCCACGCUCGCCGCCGCGGUGGCGCAGACGAAGUACAGGUGCGGCGUGGCAUCCACGGGCGUGGCCGGCGCCGCGGAGUGGAGCGCCACGGUCUACCCCUUCAUCCUGCGCGGCGUGCGGCUGCUCGGCGUCGACAGCACGCUGCCAUGCCGGGUGGAGGGUUGGCCGAGCGACCCCGCUUCCGAGGAGGCGUAUGCGGACGAGAGGCGCCGCAUCUGGGCCCGCCUCUCCUCGGAUCUGCCCAAAGACAAGCUCCGGAAGGUGCACGGGCACACCAUCGGCCUGGAGGAGCUGCCGGAGUGGGCCGGGAAGAUCCUGGCAGGGGAAGUGCAGGGCCGGGUGGUCGUCGACCUGGACAGGCCGCGCGUGUUCGGAUACCCCUACGCGCGCGCGUGCGGCAUGGGCGCCCCCUGGCGCCGCGGCGCCGCGGCGCUGGCGCUGCUCGACGUGGCGGUGCUGCCCGCGCUGGCCUCCGCGCCGGCUCCGCGCCGGCUCGCGGGGCCCCCGCGCUACGCCGUGGACCCGUCGUGGAGCCCCGCGUUCCCAGAGGGCACCGGGCUCUACAGCGCGGUGGCCGUGUCCGGGGACAGCGUCUUCGUCGCCCAGAGGGACGCCCGCUUCGCUGACCAGAUCCUGGUGCUCGACAAGAAGGGCAGGCUGCUGAACUCCUGGGGGGGCAGCGCGGGCAUCAUCGGCAAGGAGAACGACACGUGGGGGAACCACGGCCUGGGCGUCCAGCCGGCGGACCCAGAGGCCGGGCGCCCCGAGGACGUCGUGUGGGUCAUGGACUUCUACGGGCACCAGGUGUUGUCGUUCGCCCUCGACGGCAAGCUCCUCGGGAGGGCAGGGCGCGCCGACCACGCCGCCUCCUUCGGCGCCUCCGGCUUCGGGAGCGUGUCCGACGUCGUCUUCCACGGCGGCAGCGCCUUCUUCGCCGACGGCGAUGGCGGGGAGGCCAACCGCGUGGAGAGGUGGGCGGUGGCAUCGGGCGUCCCGGAGAAGAACGAGUGGGUGUGGCCGAAAGAGCCGCCGGCGCAGCGUGAGAAUGAGACCUACCUCAAUCCGCACGGCAUCACCUUCCACCAGGCAUCCGGCCUGCUGCUGGUGGCCGACAGAGAGCACGGUCGCAUUGUGGCAGUGGACCCCGAGACUGGGGUGCCCGAUGGAGAGCUGCGAUGUGCCGAUCUGAACUUGGGCCCGAAGCUCAGCAACAGGUCGGCACCGUUCGGCGUGCGGACUCUGCGCCAGGGAGGCUGGGACCUUCUGCUCGUGGCGGCCUCCGACAGCCCCGCGGACCAGAAGAACCAGUUCGUGCACGUGGUGGACAUGGCCUCGUUCUCGAGGGAGAGCCUUGCCUGCAAGUCGGUGCUGCAGUCGCUGGCGAUACCGCCCCCGGGCGAGACGGCGAAGGGGAUGCCCGACUGCAACACGCCGCACCUCCUGGGCGUGGACGAGCCCAGCGGAGACCUCUACCUGUCCUGCAUCGCGCAGCCGGGGUCGAACAUCGUCCGGUUGCGGCAGCUGGGCGGGGGCCCCGGCGAGGGCCUCAUCCUGCAGCAGGAGAGGUCUUGCACGCGCCCGUGGCCAAGGCGCCGGGCUCCGCCGCCGCCUUGCUCGCCGCGCCCGCGGCCGUGGCGCUGGGCUGCCUCGCGGUCGCCUGGAGGGCCGCCAGGGCCGGCUCGGCGGCGGCCCGCGGCGAGGGGAGCGGUCUCGCCACGGCGCUCUCGCCAGGAGAGUGGGCGAGAUGGAGCUGGGCGACCAGCAUCGGCAGAGCGGGGCCAGUGA